AUGACCAAUACUGGUGUGUUUCAUUUGGAUAUGCCGGAAGCCCCAAGUUAUGACGACAGUGAGGAGAAUUCCCACGAUUAUUGCUCGACAAAUGGGGGGGUAGAGGAUGAGUUUCUUGAACACGGCCCACUUAAGCCAGAGGAACUCGAUGAAAAUAUUAAAACAGUUGAAAUUUGCGAAGAGACGGUGAAUCCUGGUCAACCUAAAGUCCGUCCACACGAUUUCCAACUUUUGAAAGUCCUUGGGAAAGGUGGUUAUGGAAAAGUUUUUCUUGCACGCAAAAUCGACACUGGCCAGACUUAUGCCAUGAAAGUUUUAAAAAAAGCGUCGAUUGUGACCAAUGCGAAGGAUACUGCACACACUAAAAGCGAGAGAAAUAUACUCGAAAUGAUUAAACAUCCAUUUCUAGUUCAAUUGCAUUUUGCUUUCCAAUCCCCUGGGAAGCUUUACCUAGUUUUGGAGUUUCUUGCUGGAGGUGAGCUGUUCAUGCAACUUGAGAAAGAGGGAGUGUUCAUGGAAGAUCAAGCCAGUUUUUAUUUGGCCGAAAUAACUCUUGCCAUUGGUCAUCUUCAUUCAAUGGGAAUUGUUUAUCGAGAUUUGAAACCCGAAAAUGUACUUUUAGACCAUCAAGGUCAUGUUAAACUAACGGAUUUUGGAUUGUCUAAAGAGAGAGUUGAUCGCGAUCAUUUAACUCACACAUUCUGCGGGACUAUUGAGUACAUGGCUCCCGAAAUACUGUUACGUCAAGGACACGGAAGGGCCGUUGAUUGGUGGAGUCUUGGCACGCUUAUGUAUGAUAUGCUUUCGGGAUCUCCUCCAUUUACAGGCGAUGAUAGAAGACAAACUAUUGACUUGAUAUUACGAGGUGAUUUUAUACCUGUACCUUAUUUGAGUCGAGAAGCCGUAUCACUUAUUUCAAAGCUUUUAGUUGUUGAUGUCAGUAGACGCCUUGGUUCUGGUCCAUCUGAUUCCGAGGCGAUCAAAAUGCAUCCAUUCUUUCGUAAUACUGAUUGGGAUCGUGUUCUGAAAAAGCAGGUCGAACCACCCUUCCGACCCACUUUGACAUCUGACACAGAUGUUUCUCUUUUCGAUCCAAAAUUUACGCAAGAAAAUCCCGUCGAAAGUCCGGAUGAGGGCUUACCAAUAUCUGCAAUGGUUUCUGAUGUUUUUGAAGGAUUUACUUAUGUUGACCCGCAAAUCCAUAUUGACAUGGCCCGUGAUCCAUGGGUAUCUACUUGGCAAACCAGUUCACGCUCGCGUCGAAGGUCUGGAAUUUCAUCUAGCAGUUCUCCGGGCUUUGUUGGACAUACAAUUAUGGCAAAUCCAAAUACUCUUAUGCAAGGAACUGAUGUUCUACAUGUUGGAACCCCACACCCCGAGCAAUUGCAGUCUACUUUGGGUUCAUAUCUUCCAAAUACUAUUCAAACUUCUAUCCCGACUCAGUCACAGCCGUUUGUUUUUGCUGAAGAUUUCGAGGAUAUGGACGUCGCCAGUACUAAUUUAACCUGCAGCAACAACCCACUUGAUAGUCAUUCAAAUGUCAUUAACACUGUCAAUAUAUCCACCAGCAAUUCUAAGAUGAAGAGGUCAUUUUCUGAUGAUACAAAUCCGGACCAUGAUUUACUACAUGGAUCUACUUCACAAUUAGAUUCGACUCCCCCUAUCAGUAAACGUUUAAUUUCAGCUGCAUCUGAGCCUAUAUCAUUCACUCGAAUCUCAUCCUUGGAGGAACUUGAUAAGAGAGCGUUACAACUUCAAAAUAAAAAACUAUGGGAAGCUUUAAUGGAACGUCGAGCUGCCAUUGCUGAAUUGAAGGAACGAAUCGAACACCUGGAAAAUCGCCAAACUAAGGAUGAUGCACUACUUUGUGUAGUCAAUCGUUACUGGAAUCAGCUCGAUGAGGAUAGCUUGAUUAUACUUCAGCGUUUUGAUUCGGAUGCUGAGGAAGAAAUUUCAACAUCUACAGAAUCAUUUCUCAAACAAUUGGCCUCAUGGGAUAAGGAAGAAGUUCCAGAAAAGCUUCAAGAACGAGUACAUUUUUCCAAACGUAUUAUUGCACGCCUCUUGUCUGCCUAUGAAAAAAUGGUUACUCACCAGUUUCGUUUGCGUCAACUGCUUGGAAACAAUACCGAAACCGCAUCAGUUUCUGUUGGAUCUGAACUUAGUGAUAAUACUAUACCUAUUCAUUCUAGUUCAUCGGCUCCUUAUGGCACACACAACCUCGAUUCUGAAGGUAACAAUCAUUCAACUAGUUCAUCUCAGGAACCUGCUUCAACAACUUACAGUAAAUCUGGUGCAGUAGAUUUGCACGAGGAAAUAACACUUUUAAACAAGGAAAAUUUUCGUCUUCAAAGCCUUUGUACAAAUUUGCAUUCUAAACAUCGACAAAGCAGUCUUCGCCUUCGUGAACUGCAAGACUUAGCUCAGACGAAUAGUGACGCGUCGGCGGAAUGGCAAGCUAAGUAUGAGGAUUUAGAUUAUAAACUUGCGGAAGCGAUGAAACAAGUUACGCGUUUAGAUCAUCGUCUGUAUGAAGCUCAGGAAAAGAACAAGAAAAUGGAAGUUGAAUUAUCAGCUCUCAAGUGCUCCGACUCUCCAGGUCGUGAAGAUCCUUCAAAUGUUGAUGGAUCAAUUACACGGAAUAAAUAUAAUGACUUGGCUUGUGAACUGGAAGAGUACCGUGAGUUGGCAAAUAAUCGUGUAAAUGAAUUAGAGCGCCUUCAACGUCACUUAGAAGACAAAGUUGCAGAAUGUGCUUCAUUGAAUAUGCAAUUACGAGAUAUUCCCGAGCAUAUUAUUAUAGAAUCUCCUCAAUAUCUAUCCCUAAAAACUCAAUUCAAUAUUCUAUAUAAUGAAGCUAUCCAACUAAGAAGUCAGUUAGAGGAAGCUAGAAGCACUAUUCAAAAUAACAGACACAGUCAUCUAAAACAGAUAGAAGAAAUGGAGGCAAAUGAAGCAGCUAUACAAAAUCAGAUGCGAUCUGAAAUGCUCCUCAUUGAAGGGCAAUACUCUCAACUAAGACACAAAUAUGAAACUAUGGAAUUAGAUUUCAAACAAGCAUUGACGCAUAAUGAACAAGCUGGUCCUAUUAGUUGUGAAAUGCGUAGUCUAAUUUCUACACUCCAAACACAAAACAAACAACUAAAAGCUGAGGUGACUCGUUAUCGUAGAAAAUGCGAAGAAACUGUACAAGAACGUGAAAUGAUACGUACGGAUUUGAAAUGCACAGAGGAAGAGUUAGUUCGUGUUCGUACGGCACUUUCAGAGGCAACUGCAGCUGUUAUUGCUGCAUGUGAAAAGUCAGAUCAGUCGACACCAUCAACCCCACAAAGCGCAAAUCUGCCUCAGACUUCAGUAACAAUGCCAGAUGUUGGAUCACCAACUGCUGAUCCAGAAUUAAAACCAAAAAAUUCGACUCCUAUAAAAGUAGAAGAAAAUGUUAAGCAUAGUUCUCCAAGUUCAUCUACUGCUCGAUCUGGCACAGUUACCACUUCAGCAAGCUCUCAAGUCAAUGGAAGUGCACCUGAAAAAGUUUUGAAAACUGAAUCUACUCCCGACUUGCGUUCUAAUCUAUCGUGUUCUUCGCCAUCUAAUGAGAUUAUUCGUGAUUUAAAAGAACAACUGAAGCGUUCACAAGAAUCACAAAAAGAAAUGUCUGUACUACUCAACAUGUAUAAAGUUAUUCCAAAAGACCAAAGAGACAAAGCAGCACUUCUUCAAUGCGAAGCCAAGCUGCGGGGUGAACUGACUGAUGCUAGAAACGAAAUCGAUAAACUCCACGCAACUAUCAAAGAUCUUCAGUCACAGCAAACGAAGAUGCAGCAACAACGGAAGUCAUCAUUAACAUCUCCUGUUGAACCCAAUUUAAAAAUGUCACCUGCUGAACGUUCACUCACUUCUCAUGGAAAUAUUCCACUCUCUCCGAAAACAUGUAAGACGGGGUUGGUUUCUCCUGAAGAAAAAAGCUCGAGUAUAUCCGGAUCUCUGCCGAUCACGUCUUGUGGAAAAUCCAAAACUUCUGCUUCUGAUUGGCAAAUAUCAGAGUUGCAAAUGGAACUCUACAUAGUUCGACGUAAGAGUCAAUCUGUUGAAGAGCAGUUAAAACUUCAUCAACAACGACUUGUAGCUGCCAAGCAGCAAGAGGAUGUACUACUGAAGGAAAUGGAAAUAACUGUUCAAGCUUUUGAAGAUGCACAAGAACAGAAUGUUCGUCUUGUUAAAACGUUACGAGAAAAAGAUGAUGCUCAUUUAAAGUUAAUGGCAGAAAGAAUGAAAACUGCUCAACUUGCUCGUUUACUGAAGGAAGAUAAGCAGCUUUUAGAGGAACAAAUACGUCUAAUGCAAGCAAAAAUUGAAGCAUUAAAUCGUGCAGUUCUAAAGCAGGAAGAGAAAGAACGUUUAUUGUUAACCAACUUAGCAACCUUAGAGAAAGAGGCAUCAGCUAGACAAAAGUCACAGGAAGCCUAUAAACGAAAAGCUCUGGAAAGCCAACAAGUCUCUGAAGACUUAAGAGUCACUGUUCAAAAGUAUCAAAGUCAACUAAAAGAUGCUCAAACUACUGUUCAAGAGAAAGCAUCCGCUUUUGAACGUGUUUCUUUCGGUCAUCAGCGUUUACAAGAAGAACUUGUUACUGUGCGCAGAAAAUAUGAACGGCUACGCAAGAUCGAACAGUCGCACAACGCUGAUGAGUUUUUACUGGCUGAAAUUCAAGAUUAUAAAGAACAACUUACAUGCCCAACGUGUAAAAUCAACAGAAAGGAUGCUAUUCUGACUAAGUGUUUCCAUGUGUUCUGUUUGAAUUGCCUAAAAGUUCGGUAUGAAACACGAAAUCGUAAAUGUCCAAAGUGCAAUGCAACAUUUGGUGCCAACGAUUAUCAUCGUAUAUACCUUACUUAA